AUGCCUACUGCGAUGCCGGUAACCCCUCACAAGGAUGACCUCGACGAAACAUGGACAUUCUUGGAGAGGGGCAUCGACAGUGUGAUGCUCAAGCUGGAGGAGGGUGUUGAUAUGAAGACCGCUGUGAGCAAUGGAGGCUUGCAAGCUCACCGAGGCGCCGCUGACAGCUUCCUCGUGUUGAUAGCGCAUCUCCUCGGCGAAGAACUCUACAACCUUCUCGGUCAAUACUUGUCACGCCAUCUUGAAAAUGUCUACAAAGCUUCCGAAACCCACGCUGAGGAGGCACUCUUAGGAUUCUAUAUCCGGGAGUGGGAUCGAUACACAACCGCCGCAAAAUACAUCAAUCACCUUUUCCGAUACCUCAAUCGACACUGGGUGAAGAGGGAGAUCGAUGAAGGGAAGAAAAAUAUCUACGAUGUCUACACGCUUCAUCUGGUUAAGUGGCGGGAGGACUUCUUCAAGAAGGUUCAGGAGAAGGUCAUGGCCGCAGUGCUGAAUCUGGUGGAGAAACAACGGAACGGCGAGACGAUCGAGCAGUCGCAGAUCAAAAACAUCGUCGAUUCGUACGUGUCAUUGGGUCUGGAUGAGAACGACAGCACUAAGUCGACUUUGGAGGUGUACCGGUACUAUUUCGAGCGGCCCUUCAUCGAGGCCACCCGGGUCUACUACGAAAACGAGUCCCGACAGUUUGUCGCGGAGAACAGUGUUGUGGAAUACAUGAAGAAGGCCGAGUCUCGUCUGGAGGAAGAGAAGGCCCGAGUGGGACUGUACCUGCAUCCUGACAUCACCAAGCGUCUUACCGAGACGUGUUUGGAUGUUCUCGUCACCGCGCAUUCUGGUCUCCUGCGUGACGAAUUCCAGGUCCUCUUGGACAACGAACGACAGGACGAUCUGGCUCGGAUGUACCGCCUCCUGUCGAAGAUCAAGGAUGGAUUGGAUCCGCUCCGGGCGAAAUUUGAGACCCAUGUCCGAAAGGCCGGGUUGGCUGCCGUCGAAAAGGUGGCGGCGGAAGGAGACCAGUUUGAGCCCAAGACGUACGUGGAUGCGCUGCUGCAGGUCCACUCGCGAUACCAGAACCUGGUGAACGUGGCAUUUGCAGGAGAAUCAGAGUUUGUCCGGUCUUUGGACAACGCCUGCCGCGAGUUCGUCAACCGCAACCAGAUCUGCAAGACGAGUUCCACGAAGUCGCCCGAGCUGUUGGCACGAUACACCGACUCAUUACUCAAGAAAGGCGGUAAGGCCGCGGAGGAAUCGGAAUUGGAGGAGAUGCUAGGCCAGAUCAUGACGGUCUUCAAGUACAUUGAGGAUAAGGAUGUGUUCCAGAAGUUCUACUCCAAGAUGCUUGCGAAGCGCCUGGUGCACGUUAGUUCCGUCUCGGACGAUGCAGAGACCAGCAUGAUCAGUAAGCUGAAAGAGGCGUGUGGGUUUGAAUACACGAACAAGCUGCAGCGCAUGUUCCAGGACAUCCAGAUCUCCAAGGAUCUCAACGCCGCUUAUCGGGACUGGCAGGAUAAAGUCUUGGAUGAGGAAGACCGGAAGAAGAUGGUGGAUCCGCAUUUCCAGAUCCUGGGAACAGGAUUCUGGCCUCUCAACCCGCCCUCGACGGAAUUCAUUCCCCCGCCCGAGAUUGUCAGGACAGCCGAACGGUUCCAGAGCUUUUACUUCGAUAAGCACAGUGGUCGCAAGUUGACAUGGCUGUGGCAGCUGUGCAAGGGUGAAAUCAAGGCCAACUACAUCAAGAACACCAAGGUUCCCUACACGUUCCAAGUGUCAACGUUUCAGAUGGGAAUCUUGCUUCUUUACAACGAACAUGACACGCUGGAAUACUCGGAGAUUCAGAAGGCCACCAAGUUGUCGAACGAGGUUCUUGAACCGAACAUGAGCAUUCUUCUCAAGGCGAAGGUGCUGCUAGCCAACCCCGAAGGAGCCAAGCCAGCGCCGGGCGUGUCUUUCAGUCUGAACCACAACUUCAAGAAUAAGAAGAUCAAAGUCAACCUCAACAUCCAGAUCAAGUCGGAACAGAAGCAUGAAUCCGACGACACCCACAAGACGAUCGAGGAGGACCGGAAACUGCUUCUACAGUCUGCGAUUGUCCGUAUUAUGAAAUCCCGCAAGAAGAUGAAACACGUCCAGCUAGUCCAGGAGGUCAUCAACCAGGUGAAGGCACGGUUUCCUCCUAAGAUACCGGAUAUUAAGAAGAACAUCGAAGCCCUUAUGGAGAAGGAUUACAUUGAACGAUUGGAUGGGGAUGAGCUGGCUUACAUUGCAUGA